AUGUUUUGUGCUGGCUAUGCUGAUCGUCAAGUUGACUCGUGUAGAGGGGACAGUGGAGGUCCCGUCGUCUAUGAGUUUGAAGGGUAUUACUGGCUGUAUGGUAUAGUAUCUUGGGGAGGAGGAUGUGCCCAACCAAACCUGCCUGGUGUCUACGCCCGUGUCACAGUCUUGAUGCCCUGGAUUGAGGGCACCAUCAAGUCAAACAGUCUCAAGAUUUCGAAACAUUAG